UUUACUGUUGCAAGUGUUGUUCCUGUGAUAGCUAGAUUACCAGACAUGUUACAGUUGGAAAAGAAAAAAACAAAGAAAUAAUAAAUCCGUGGUUAUUUUAGAAUAAUAUGUGUAAGUCCAUAAGAGGCGGCUUAUACAAGCGUUAGAUCAAGUUAAUCAGUCGUAGUGUGGUUUGCAGUCACCUUAGGUCGGCUGCCUUGGUAGAUACGUUAGCUAAACAGCUAACUUAUUUCAGACAUUUGUUUUGUUUUGUUUGACGUGAACACCACUGUGUAUUUGGCUGACACAUGAGUGUCUCACUUGUCGUUAUCCGUUUGGAGUUAGCGGACCAGUCCCCUCUCCCAAAAGGUUUCCAGUAUUGUGCUGUUGACAUGUCAGAGGAAGAUAUGAGAGAGAAGGCCCUGGGAACUGCUAGGGCCUCACUGAGUGGGAAGACUGAUUUGGAGAGAACAGCUGUGGUGCACCAGCACAUUGGAAGUAGGGCUAUGGGCGAUAUGGUGAUUGAGACCAUUGGAUCCAUCUCAGAUAAAGGUGGAGAUGAGUCUGGUGGUUCCAGUGAGAAUGAUCAGGUUUCCAAGGCAACCGAGGACAGGCCAUCAAGUCGGAGUGUGAAGGAGGGCACAGAGGGGGGCAAUGCCCCUGAGUCGCCCUCCAAGCAGCUGCCCGACCAGAUCUCCUUCUUCAGCGGGAACCCCUCCGUGGAGAUCGUCCAUGGCAUUAUGCACCUCUACAAAACCAAUAAGAUGACAUCCCUGACUGAGGACGUGAGGAGGAGUGCUAUGCUGUGCAUUCUGACUGUGCCGGCCACCAUGACCAGCCAUGACCUCAUGCGCUUUGUGGCGCCCUUCAAUGACGUCAUGGAGCACAUGAAGAUUAUCCGCGACUCCACGCCCAACCAGUACAUGGUGCUGGUCAAAUUUAGAAUGCAGGCUGAUGCAGACAGUUUCUACACCGCCUGCAAUGGUCGCCAGUUCAACUCCAUUGAAGAGGCGGUGUGUCAGCUCGUCUACGUGGAGCGGGCUGAGGUCAUCAAAUCGGAGGAGGGGGCCAGUCUGCCGGUGAUGGAUCUCACGGAGUUGCCUAAGUGCACGGUCUGCCUAGAGCGGAUGGAUGAGUCGGUCAACGGAGUCCUCACCACCCUCUGCAACCACAGCUUCCACAGCCAGUGCCUGCAGCGCUGGGAGGAUGCCUCGUGUCCCGUCUGCAGAUACUGCCAGACGCCAGAGCCUGUGGAGGAGAACAAGUGCUUUGAGUGCGGCGUGCAGGAGAACUUGUGGAUCUGUCUGAUCUGUGGGCAUAUUGGGUGUGGCCGGUACGUCAGUCGCCAUGCCUACAAGCACUUUGAGGAGACGCAGCACACCUACGCCAUGCAGCUGACAAACCACCGUGUGUGGGACUACGCCGGAGAUAAUUACGUCCAUCGCCUCGUGGCCAGUAAGACGGACGGGAAGAUGGUGCAGUACGAAUGUGAAGGAGACACGUGCCAGGACGAGAAAAUCGAUGCUCUACAGUUAGAGUACUCCUACCUACUGACCAGCCAGCUGGAGUCGCAGCGCAUUUACUGGGAAAACAAGAUCGUCCAUCUGGAAAAAGACACUGCGGAGGAGAUUAAUAACAUGAAAGCCAAAUUCAAGGAGACUAUUGAGAAGUGUGACAAUUUGGAGCUCAAGCUGAGUGAACUAACCAAAGAGAAGCAGUCCAUGGAGAAGAAGUGCACCCAGUUGAACCUUCCCUGGCGCCUCAGCCUCCCUGGCCUUCCAGGUGCUCUUGUGGAGGAGCAGGAGAUGAACCGCUGCCUGCGCGCCAACCAGACGCAGCUGCAGGCCCAGCUGCAGGAGGAGGAGCGGCGGGAGCGCGAGGCCAUCGGGCGCAAGGACGCCGCCAUCGCCGAGCUGCAGGAGCAGCUGCGCGACGUCAUGUUCUACCUGGAGACGCAGCAGCAGAUCAACCGGAUGCCCGCCGACGCCCGCCAGGAGAUCCAGGAGGGGCAGAUCAACAUCGCCGCCGGACCGGGCCAGGCGACCGCCGGACAGUCCUCCGGCGCCGGCGGCUCGGCCCUCGGAGGAGCAGGGGGGAAGCUCGGGGGCAGGAAGGGACGCUCCAAAAGGGGGAAGUAGAAGGCAGAAAGAGAAGAAGGGUAGCCGGCGAGCCUCCCUGAGCCAGUGGGGAAGCGUUAGUCAUAAUCACACAUGCCAGUGCACUCCCCUCCCUCUUUUGCCAUGACCGCACAACAACGUCAGCCCCUUGCACAUUUUGUUUGCAGACAAACACACACACACACACACACUAAACAUGAUGCUACACAACAUAGGGCUGAAAAUGGUUGGUGAGGGACAGAGGGCAUGCGCAGGCCUCUAACACUGGACUCAUUCGUGUAGCUCUUGCCUUUAAAGCAGAGCUGUCAUCACAUACGGAAGUGUGGUGUAAGCGCUAGGAUGCACACUUGCACAAACACACACACACACACACACACACACACACACACUCAGAGUCAAAAAACACUUGCGUAACUGGAGUGCAAUUUAGCCAUGUUUGUAAUUUUACCAUCUCCCUUUUUGUGUUCUGUGGCGUGGUUGGCACAUGCUGUGUAUCUCUCGUGGCUCUCAUGCGGUUGCCGGCAGGCACUUGCCAAUAGCUGACUCACCAGAGGGGAAGGCAAAGCCCUUUAGGUGUCAUUUAUUUCUGUGUGUGUGUGUGUGGUCCAUGUAGCCUGUAGUCGUGUUCCGCUACGUCACCUGAGAACUUACCUGUAAUAACAGGACAGAGGAACUGGAAUGCAUUGCUCACCCUCGUCAAAGAGCUUGCACUGUCUGCGCUGCGACUAUAAAAGAUAUAUCUAAUGAUUGAUCAUGAAGGAAGGGCAUAGCGUGAAGUCACUGCACUAUGUCAAACACACCAUCUCAGAACAGUAUUUCCUUCUUGAUCACACUUGUGUUCUCAAGCCAGAUCUUAUUGCAGGAUAUAUCAGCAGGAAGAGAGCUAUGCCGGGCAGGUACAGUAGUGUGUUGGCUUGUGUCCAGGUUCCUUAUUUCCCCAUUACCCAGGGUGUGUGAUUUGUUGACAGCUCUGUGCAGAUUCCCACAGGAGGUGUGUUCAACUAAACAAACAAACAAAAAAAAAACCUGCCGAUAAAAAGGUGUAUUUUUUGCCAGGUGCCUAUACCUUAUUAAAUUAAUUUAAGUUGACUCUUUUCAUUUAUUUUGUCUUUUUACGCUAAAGUGAUGCUGUAUUUAUUCAGUGGGAAGCACAAGUAGAUUUUAGUUAAUACAUUUUUUUUAAGAGCCAGAACAUUUCAGUACAAGUUCUUCUGUUAACAGAAAGUUGUUUUUUUUUGUACAAAUAGUUAUGUUGGAAAGUAACACUACUUUUGAAGGAUGUUCGCUUGGCUACUUCCUUAAGUUUCCUGUGUUUUCCUGCACAGACAUGUACAAUCUCACCAGAAUGUCAAGGGCUUGAGAGGUUGACAUUUUACUUUUUUGAGAGUUAUCAUCAAUCUGCUGAUUAAUGAUUACAACAUGGAUCAGACUGUGUUAGCAUUACCUCAAAACUUUGAACAAUGUCAACCACUUUCCACCCCUUCUAGCCUCAGCAGUGAUGCCCCCCCAAUAUCUCACUUGAUAUGAUCCCUGCCACACCCAGUAAGGUUAAGAAAAGGUCAUAUACUUAGCUCAGUUUAGCUGCUGCAAAUGCUGACAAUAUAAAGAAAAACAAGACAGAAUAAUCUCAUCUGCACAGGGGCCGCAGUGAACUUCAUGAUCACUUCAGUCUUAAUAAACCUUUAAAGAAACACA